AUGACGAAACCUAUUUUACCACAAGCAUACGGUUAUGGAUUUGCAGUUGGACUUGGCGCAGCUUUUGCAAUUAUAAUGGUUUUAAUUUCUAAACUUCUCACGAAUUUUAUGGGGCAAACUCAAAAUUCGGAAAGGUUCUCUACGGCUUCCCGUAAUGUAAAUUCAGGUUUGAUUGCUUCUUCAACAGUUUCCGCUUGGACUUGGCCUGCUACACUUUUGGUGUCUGGAACAUGGUCGUACCUCUACGGCGUGAGUGGAGGGUGGAUGUACGCAGUCGGGGGUACUGUUCAAAUAACCUUGUUUGUAUUUUUGGCUUUACAAAUUAAGCUGCAUGCCCCAACAGCUCAUACAGUUUCUGAAACUAUUUUCAUUAGAUAUGGUAAAGCUGGUCAUAUCCUUUUUUUGUGUUACUGUGCUGCGACGAAUAUUAUUGUAUCUUCAUUAUUGCUACUUGGAGGUUCACAAGGAUUUUCUGCGGUUACUGGAAUGCAUACAGUCGCAGCAAGUUUCUUACUUCCAUUGAAUGUUAUAAUUUACACAGCUUCUGGGGGUCUGAAAGCUACCUUUAUCUCUGACUGGAUUCAUACUGUCAUAAUCUACAUUAUAAUCAUUGUUUCGACCUAUAGGGUAUUCUGUAGCUCUCCGCUAAUAGGAUCCCCAGGGAAAAUGUGGGAGCUCUUGAAAGAGGCUCAAAAUACUUUUCCCAGCUCAUCGACAGGAAGCUAUCUUUCCUUCAAACAUAGAAACUUGAUAUUAACUAGUUGGUCUGUUAUGAUGGGAGGUAUGUCCUCCGUAUUUGGCGACCCUGGAUAUUCACAAAGAGCAAUAGCGGCCAGUUCUUCAAGUGUUUUCAAUGGAUAUAUGCUUGGCAGUAUUUGCUGGUGGGUAAUUCCAUUUGCGUUAGGAUCCUCUGCUGGAUUGGCAUGUAGAGCACUUUUGACUAAUCCAGUUUCGGUGACAUAUCCUAACGCAUUAAGUGAAGUAGAAGUUAACGCUAGCUUACCGUUUAUUUACGGCUUGGCUGCAAUAUUCGGGAAAGGAGGAGCAGCAGCUGGAUUGGUAAUGCUUUUUAUGUCAGUAACAUCCGCUACAUCGGCCGAACUCAUCGCAUUUUCUUCGAUCUCAACAUACGACGUUUACAGAACCUAUAUUAACCCCAAUGCAACCGGAACAAAAUUAGUACGAGCAUCACAUAUAUCAGUUCUCAUCUUUGGAAUAUUCAUUGCAGUUCUUGCGGUAAUAUUCAAUUAUAUUGGUGUUACAGUGGGUUGGUUAUUGGGAUUUCUAGGAAUAAUUUUAAAUCCGGAAGUUUCGGUAGUCACUCUCUCAUUGUUCUGGCCAAAAAUGACUAAAAUUUCAUUACUCGUUGGUGCACCACUUGGCACAAUUACAGGAAUAGUAUGCUGGAUAGGAGCGACUUACAGCUAUGCAAAUCAUGUGAUCAACAAGAAUACUGUCAUGACAACAGAAGCUGCCUUUAUAGGUAAUAUUGUAAGCCUUUUUUCAACUCCCAUUUACAUUAUCCUAAUUUCAUGUAUGAAGCCUGAAAAAUCAUUUGAUAUGUCCACUCUGGAAGAAAAGAUCAAGGUUGCCAACGACAUCGAUUUUGAAGCAGAAAUAGCUAUUCAGGUUGGCGAAAGAGAAAGAAAACUACUGCGGUCACAAACUUGGAUGAGUCUAUGCAUCAAUUCUUUCAUUCUUUUAGGGGUUUACAUUGUUUUGACAUGUGCUUUAUACGGAUGGGGACAAGAUCUAAGCAAGGGCUCUUUUACAGCUUUCAUGAUUGUGAUGCUAUUAUGGCUCGUAAUCGCAGCACUUUAUAUUAUUAUACUACCAUUGUGGCAGGGCCGUAAAUCCAUAGCGACAGUGAUACGUCGUAUUUUAGGAAAAGGUACCAUUGAAACCACCUUAAAGCUUGAAACAUUUAAUGAAUCAUUGGGUUCAAAAAGUUAUGGCGUCGUUAAAAAACUUAGCCAUACAAGCACAGAUGAUAUUUAA